AUGGAGAUCCAAUCUCGGCUUUCGACUAUGGGGCCUCCCGGGCACCCAGGACCUGAUGGAAUUCCUGGUCAAACAGGAGAAAGGGGUCCCCCUGGUAAACCUGGGCUCUCAGGACCGCAAGGACCUGUAGGCAUGUAUGGAGAACCAGGUAAACGGGGACAACUGGGACAGUCCGGAAAACCAGGUCUAAAAGGUCCAUGUGGCAAGCCUGGUGAGCAAGGGCCUCCUGGACCACCAGGCAGAAUGGGAGAUCCAGGCCCGAAAGGAUUAAAGGGGCUUCCUGGUCAACCUGGAAACCCAGGGAAACAUGGUGCUUUUGGCAAGAUGGGACCACCAGGUGACCAAGGACCAGCUGGAGCAACAGGCCUCAGUGGAAGCCCUGGAUAUAAAGGAAGAGAAGGAGCUGUUGGACCUGAAGGACCUCUUGGACAAAAGGGGGAGAAGGGUGAAAUGGGCCCAAUAGGAGAUGCUGGUGUAGCAGGACUGGAUGGGGAGCAGGGUGUACCUGGGAGUGCAGGUGAAGGAGGCCCUGCUGGAAGGAAGGGAGAACAGGGUGCCCCAGGAAGUCCCGGCAUGCCUGGCCCAGCAGGGAUUAAAGGAGAAGCAGGAGCUGAGGGAUUACCAGGACCUCCAGGAGAGAGAGGAGAAUCUGGAGAAAAGGGAGAGCUAGGUCCGGAAGGUGAUCCAGGAGAUUUUGGGCCCAAAGGAGAAAAGGGUGUUGAGGGCCCACAGGGACCCCCUGGUCCAUUUGGGCCCAUUGGAAUAACAGGAGAACCAGGCAGCCGAGGCCAGAAGGGAGAGAAGGGAAAGCCCAGUUUAAUGGGUCCAGUUGGUUUAAUUGGCAUUACAGGCCUGAUUGGACAUGGUGGACAAGCUGGUGAUGUGGGACCAAUUGGACCAGAGGGAAAAGUUGGGCCCAAAGGAAAGAAGGGUGAACAUGGGCCUGUGGGAAUGCCUGGACCCCAGGGUGACAUUGGACUUCAGGGGUUACCUGGUGAGAAAGGAGAAGUUGGUGAUCGUGGAAACGCUGGGCCCGUUGGUCCACUAGGUCCUGUGGGAACCAAAGGUUUACCAGGACCCAAAGGUGAAAUUGGAUUUCAGGGAAUGAAGGGUGAAGUAGGCCUUGAAGGAAAACCAGGUGCUAUGGGAUCAGACGGACCGGUUGGGGAAACAGGCCCAGUUGGGAAACCAGGGACAGAGGGUCCUAUUGGAGAGCAAGGACCACAAGGUGGAGUUGGCCAACCAGGCAGAAUGGGUCUAAGAGGUCAACAAGGACCGGAAGGCAGAAUGGGGAUCAAAGGAGAAAAGGGUGACAAUGGGAUUGUUGGAAAACCAGGAAACCCAGGAAGAACAGGAGGGAUGGGAAAGAGAGGAAAAGCAGGAUCAAGAGGACUAAGAGGGAAAAAAGGUUUCAAGGGCUCAAGAGGUAAAACUGGACCUGUAGGGCCACAUGGAUCAAUUGGGCCUCCUGGAAUGCCAGGACUAAGAGGAGACAAGGGGAUUCUUGGCCUGAAAGGUCUCAAGGGAUUAAUGGGAGAUUCAGGACUUCCUGGGCCUCUUGGGGAUCAGGGGAAAAAGGGGAAUCCAGGAUCCAAAGGUCUCCCUGGAGUGCCAGGUCGUAAAGGGGAACAGGGUGACAUUGGCCACCCCGGGAAUGAAGGGAUGGAAGGAAUACCAGGAUUGCCGGGUCGACUUGGACCAAAGGGGCUUAAAGGAUUUCCAGGAAUGCCAGGGAUAAAAGGUGCUGUAGGACCACCAGGCCUCCCUGGUCCUCCUGGUCCACCAGGACCUUCACUGAAAAUGCCUAAAGAAGAAUUCCAGAUACUUUUGAGCAAAGCACGUGGUACAGUUUCCAAGAAAAUUUGGAAAACUCUGGAAGCUUUAAACAUGGAAAUUCGAUAUAUCGUUGCCCCACCCACCGGAACCAAGAAUAACCCUGCCUCAACCUGCAAAGAACUGAAGCUGUGUCAGCCACAGCUCCGUGAUGGUUUCUAUUAUAUUGACCCCAAUCAAGGUUGUCCAUAUGAUGCACUUAUGGUCUACUGCAACUUUACAGCCGAUGGAGCAACCUGUUUGCCAACUGUGGAGAAUGAGGUUCCUACAAAAGGCUGGUUCAAAGAGCACCCAAAGGAAAGUGCACAUCAGUGGUUCAGCACGACAGAAGGAGGAUUUUUGUUUGAAUAUCCUGGAAUAAACAUUGUGCAGCUUCGUUUUUUAAAACUUCACAGUACACAUGCCAGGCAAAAACUAAUCUACAAGUGUAAACCCGGUCUUAAUUUUGUCAAGAUGAAUAUAAGCGAUCCCAGAACAAUUCAAUUCAUGGGUGACAACCAAAAGAAGAUACAUAAUGGGCACAAAAGCUUCUCAGUUAAUUUUGAUGGAUGCUCGUUGAAUGACUCUGGACCGCAUGAGAUUGAGUUUGAAGUCACCACUGAUGAAGUUGAUCUACUACCUCUGAGAGAUUUAGCACUCUUUAAUAAUGGCAAUGGCACUCAGGAGUUUGGCUUUUCUGUUGGUCAAGUGUGCUUUUAUUAAUCAUGUAAUCCAGUCUCUGGAAGACCAAUGGACGAUAUGAAUACCUGUUUUGCAUUACACAAAUAAACCAACGACUGAGGACAAGACAGUUUUAUUUUCAAAUGACUUAUUGCAAGACAAGUGCUUUAACAAAAGCUGCAUUUUAUUUUUGGAAGGCAUUAUUUAGAGAGGCUUCCAUUAACCUUUGGACUAAGUUCCUACUGAAGGGCCAUGUAUUGUUUACACCAGUAAUGCAACUUUGAAGAGUUUGCUGUCAACUUCUGCAGUAUGUGCCUACCACCUUACAUAUCUUGGAUGGUACUUGACUGAGGAUAAAAGCUGGAUCAUGUUGGAUUUUUAAAUUCAUUAAGCACCGAAAAUUAAGCUUUCAAAACCAGAUGAAUGAGCACUGAACUCACAGUUUACAAAAUUGAUUGCAGUUAUUAUUGAGAAACUGCAUUUGCACGUCUAAGUACAAACACUAGUGUUGCCUGUCAAUAUUUCACUAUAUUAUCAACACCUGGCCCACACUUUGUUGCUCAAAGCAUGACACAAAACUGGAUCUUGACUUCAAUAAUGCACAUGUACAUCAUUUCCUGUUUUAUUCUGAGGUGCAGGAUUGAUAUUUAUAUGCAGCAAUUGUGAUACAAGCUGGUGGUUUCAGGUCUGUACCGAUCAGCAGCAGAGGUUUAGCUACAGUUGCUGUGAGUGAAUUUUGUCUUGCGGUCACCAUGAAUUAGUGAAGGUUCAACAUACAUUUCUGAACUUAUUCUCCCAACACUAAGAAGACUGCAAUUUCAGAACAUAUUUGGUACAUUGUAUUUGUUUACAUGCUCCUAAUAACUCAUAUAUAUUUACAUAAUGCUACUAUAAAGAGAAUGUGUGGAAAAAGUACCUCGCUGUUGACCAUAUUGUAUUGCUAAACUGAAAGAUCUUUUAGGCAGCCACAAUAAUCUGCCAGCAUGGAACAGUUUUGUUUUUAACCUAUGGCUGAAAAAUCUGACUGGGAGUAUUUAACCAUAAUGUGGGUAAUAUCUGCAUAUUAAAUAUUAAUAAAGCAUCUCUCCCAUCAUUCCAUAAAAAAGAUAGAAAACCAUUUCAGGGACUAGCUAUUAGAAUCAAUGCUCAAACAUUUAUGUAGGAGAUAGAGAAUCAACAUUGCCUACA